AACAAAAAUCCCAUCCACCCUUUCAUCUUUGUUAAUUCAUGGCGGAAGAGUUCGUGAGAGCAGUGGAGGACGGCCUCCGGCUGUCGAGGCGGGUAUACUUAGGGAAAGACCGGGCGGUGGCGCCGCCGAGGCCCAUGUCCGCUAUGGAGAAGGCUACUCACUCCUAUCUUCCCACGGCUCCAAUGCUAUACGCCGUGAUUGAGAAUCCGGCCAUCGUCGAUAACCCGGACAUUCCCAGCUACCAGCCUCACGUGCACGGCAGAUGUGAUCCUCCCUCUCUGAUUCCGCUCCAGAUGAACUCCUCUUCUCUCGACGCCGACUGUUAUCUCGACACCGCCUUCCUCACCUUCACUGGAUCGUGGCGAGUGCACUGCGUCAAGGGGAGCAAGUGCUGCGAUUGCCGUAUUGCGAUUCCGAUGGGCGAACAGGGUUCAAUCCGAAGUGUCGAGGUUGAGGUACCUGGGGGACUUUACCGUACUCAACUGCUUGCCAUUGAUGACAAAACAGAAUCCGAAAAGGCAGCACAAUUUGAGGACGGAAGCUAUUUGAAGCCUCAUAUCUUUACACUCAAAAUACCUCAGAUUGACGGGGGAACCAAUCUAUUAGUCACUAUCAGCUGGUCUCAGAAGUUAUCCUACAAUGAUGGGCAAUUCAGCCUGAAGAUUCCAUUCAGUUUCCCGGAAUAUGUCACUCCUGCUGCCAAGAAAAUCUCAAAAAGAGAAAAGAUAAAAUUGAAUGUUAAUUGUGGUUUAGGGACACAAGUUUUGUGCAGAACAACUAGUCAUCCUCUAAAGGAACUACGGCGACAAGCUGGGAGGUUGGGCUACUUGUAUGAAGCAGAUGUUAUCAAUUGGUCCAGUAAUGAUUUUGUUUUUACUUACUCGAUUUCAUCAAGCCAAACCUUUGGUGGUGUGCUUUUACAAUCUCCAUCAACUCUUGACAUUGACCAAAGAGAAAUGUUCUGCUGCUAUCUUUUUCCUGGAAUUGAGCAGCGUAAAAUGGUCUUCAGGAAGGAAGUGGUAUUUGUUGUUGACAUAAGUGGGAGCAUGAGAGGACAGCCUCUUGAGGAUACCAAAAGUGCACUCUUUGCUGCACUAUCGAAGCUCGACUCUCAAGAUGCAUUUAGUAUAAUAGCAUUUAAUGAUCAAACUUAUCUGUUUUCAUCAUCCCUUGAAUUGGCAACAAAGGAAGCUAUUGAAAAUGCAACUCAGUGGAUUAACAUGAAUUUUGUUGCUGGUGGUGGUACAAAUAUUUUGAAUCCACUAAAUCAGGCCCUUGAGAUGUUUUCUAAUACAAGCAAAGCGAUUCCUCUCAUUUUCCUUAUCACUGAUGGGGCUGCUGAAGAUGAAAGAAACAUCUGUGAUGUCCUCAAGAGUCAUCAAACAAAAAAUAGGACAAUGAGCCCACGAAUUUGCACAUUUGGCAUUGGGCGGUUCUGUAACCAUUAUUUCCUCCGCAUGCUUGCAAUGUUGGGUCGUGGCUUUUAUGAUGCAGCUUAUGAUGUAGAUUCAAUUGAAGCUCGAAUGGAAAACCUAUUUGCCACCGCAUCAUCCAUCAUUCUUGCAAACAUUUGCAUUGACUUUGAAACUCUUAACCUUGAGGACUUUGAGGUAUAUCCAUAUCAAAUACCAGACCUUUCAUCAGGAAGCCCACUGGUUCUAUCAGGCAGGUACUGUGGAGUAUUUCCCAAGAACCUUGAAGCUAGAGGUAUCCUUGCAGACUUGAGCAAUUUCUCUGUAGACCUGAAGGUGCAAGAAGCUAAGGACAUACCUCUUGAUAAGGUACUGGCAAAGCAUCAAAUUGAUAUCCUCACAGCCCAGGCAUGGCUUACUGAAAAUAAGAAGCUUGAGGAGAAGAUAGCAAAAAUGAGUGUACAAAAUGCUGUUGCUUCUGAGUAUACUCGCAUGACAGUUAUAGGGACUGGGAGAACAAAAGGAACCAUAGACUCAACCAAGACAAAGAAGGUUCAUGAUCCACAAAAUCUGGAAGAACCUAAACAGCACAAGAUUAUAGUACUCCAAAAUCUUGGAUUGGGUUUCGGCAACCUUACUGCCACGGCUGAAAACAUCCGUCCUGGUGGUUCAGUUGAAUCAAAACCCGAUGCAGCAGAAUUGUUUGUGAAGGCAGCAUCUAACUGUUGCAGCAUGGUCUGUGAGAAACUCUGCUGCAUGUGCUGCAUUCAGACAUGUUCCAAGAUGAAUGACCAAUGUUCAAUUCUCAUGACCCAGUUGCUUGGCUCGUUAGCUUGUUUAGGUUGUUUUAGUUGCUGUGAACUAUGCUGUUCCGGAGAUGAGGGAUAAGGACAGUAUAUAAUAUACAUAUGAGAGAUGUAAGAUUAUUGUAUCAUAGAACCUGGAAAUUUUGUUAAUAGUUAAUGAAAAUGUCUUUUGUCA